AUGGAUAAAAAGAAGAAACCCAGUGGUGCAUUUAAACGCAAACAACGCCAAGAAAGAGAAGAUAGUAAACAAAAAUUGCCCAAAAUUGACAAGUUUUUUAGUCAGCCUUCUGCAAGUACAUCUGGCCAAAAUAUUUCUAUUGAUAGUGACUCAAAUAAUGUGGUAACUGCAGUGUUGGUUGAGAAGCCUACUGAAGAAGAUUCGACAAUUAUUGCAGUUGGAGAUACCUCCGCCGCCGAUCAUGUGAACGUGGAUGAUGUUUGCAUGACACACAUAAGAGCGGAGGGUUUGGAGGAACCACAGACCUCUACAUUUUUCGAAAAUGUGUACGACAAAUCUUCUUAUGACUUGGGAAACUUCACGAACAAGAUAUUAAGUGAUAACGAAAAACGUCAAAUUCUUGAUAUGGGGCCUUUACAGCCUUCAGGACCUUUUCCAACAGACAUCAACCAGAACAAUAGGUGUUUUUCAAAAUCGUACUACGUUUCGUGUUAUAAAUAUGGGCCAGUUAAUCGUUUUUGGUUGCGUUAUUCCAAAAUACUAGACGCUGCCUAUUGUCAACCCUGCUGGUUAUUUGCUUCACAAAGGAAUAAUGUUUGGUGUACGGGAAUUCGAGAUUGGAAGCAUUUAUCAGAGAGAAUUAAACAACACAGUUGUUCGAGUGGCCAUUCGGAAGCAUGUGCUGUGUAUGAAUUUUGGAGAAAAAAAACGAUACUAAUACUAUCGACAAGGAAUUGA